UGUCAUCUAUAUAUGGAACAUUUUAAAAUCACUACUUCUCCCUCUAUAUAUAGCCUGCCCUUGUAUUAUUAUCUCCCCACUUCUGUAGUUUCUUCAUUUUAAUUCUGAUUUCAGAUUAUGGGGAGAUCUCCCAGCAGCAUUACUGAUAACAGGUUGAAAAAGGGACCAUGGACUUUAGAAGAGGAUAAAAAACUGAUUGAUUAUAUUCAUAAACAUGGCAAGGGAAGUUGGCAACUACUACCUAAGAAAGCAGGCCUAAAUAGAUGUGGGAAAAGCUGCAGAUUAAGAUGGACUAAUUAUCUGAGGCCUGAUAUUAAGCGUGGAAACUUCGCACCUGACGAGGAACAAACCAUUAUCUGCCUCCAUUCACUUCUUGGAAACAAGUGGUCCACAAUUGCAUCUCAUCUUCCGGGCCGCACAGACAAUGAAAUCAAGAAUUUCUGGAAUACCAACUUGAGGAAGAAGCUCCUCAGGUCUGGUAUUGAUCCGAAUACCCACCAACCAAUAACCGAUGCCAAUCUCCUCCUCAAUCUGCUACCUGCUUCCGGUGUUACCAACUUGAUGGAUCCUUGGAAAUAUGUGCUCAAGUUACAAGAAGAUCGGGUGACUGAAUUCGCCAAGAAUCGAGUUCUUCAAAACAUACUGAGAGUUUUAAGCACGAGCCCUCUGCCAAUUAUUGACACAAAUUGCCUUGGGGAAUCACAUAAUCCUAGCCAAUAUGGCGAACUCAUUAACCGGAUUGAUCCGUUUCAGCUACUAUCCUACCCUCUCCUUCCAGACAUUGCAAACAUCGAAGCACUUCCUGAAGAAUUAGCUACCAUAUUCAACUCGAAAGAAACCAUUCCAGAAAUUCUUGAUAACCAAAUCAACGGAUUUGGGAUUAGCAAAAGCCACGCAGAAUAUUCACUUCCAGGAUUAGUUUCAGCCAAUACGGGAACUUCCACGGCAAACCUAAUGGAUAGUAUCAACUCAAUGCACAAUCCUAACCAAUCACCCACAUCCAACUGCCUUAAAACAUGGGGUAUCUUUUAAAUGGGCCUUUUUAUGAAUAAUCUGGAAGGUGCCGGAAUUCGAAGAUCACUAUCUUAGCGGAAUUUUCCAAAAUUUGUAUUUAAUUCUUUCCACCACCAUGGAUGCAUCCAGAUAUAGAUUAUAUAUGCACACCGACAUAAUAGAAAUAUGUAGAAGAAGGAUCCACCGAGCCUGUUGCACUGUAUUGUGUAUGAAAAACAGAAUGAAAGAUAGAGCGUGAUUGAAUGAGAGACAAAUGAGAGAAGCAUAUAUAUGCGUGGUCAUUA